AAUUGAAAUGUGUUGAACAAGAAAUUUGAGGGCAAAUAAAUCGAACAUAUAUAACAUAAUGAAUUGUAACACGGAGGAGGUUUGUACCCCAAAACUUGAACCCUCCCAACUAAAACUUCAAGCGAGCAAGGCAACUGCUCGUACUAUACUCUCUAUUCUGAAAUUAUGAAAUAAUAUUUAACACAGAUCGACUCUUCCCCCUUUUCCCUUGCCUCUGUCCUCGUACAUUCUUCCCUCCCUGUAUAAAACCCACACAAUUUGAAGUUGCUGAAUUAGGGUUUUCAGUCUUCGUAUGAACUAGUUCAUUGGGUCGAAGAAGAAAGAAGAAGAAAGAAGAAUGCUGGGUCCUACCGCAUCGAAGUGGUACAGAGCCAGCGGGCUUCUCUUCCAACUUAGACCCCAUCGCGGCUUCAAAGCAAAUUCCUUUAGCACCAGAACCGCCUUCCAUGGAAACCCAAUUCUCCUUCCAAAAACUUUGACUUCGAACAGCGUCCGUACAACAUCAAGACUCCCUUUCCAUGUCAACGCUUUCCUCUCCGAUGCCUCAUCAGCUCCUUCCCCGCCAGAUGGCCGCUCGUGGUUCUCUACAUCGCCGGACCUGAGAAAUCCAACUCCUCCAGUUUCUAAGGGAACUUCCGUCGAACAGAUUACGAACGUUAAGAUCUUCCGAACUCUCGCAAGUUACUUGUGGAUGAAAGAUAACUAUGAAUUCCGUAUCAGGGUCAUUGCUGCCUUGGGCUUCUUGGUUGGGGCUAAGGUUCUCAAUGUUCAAGUGCCUUUCCUCUUCAAGCUUGCUGUGGAUUGGUUGACCUCAGCUAAUGGCAAUGCUACCGCACUUGCUUCUUUCACUGCCGCCAAUUCAACCCAGUUGGCUCUUUUUGCAACUCCUGUUUCGGUUUUAAUUGGAUAUGGGAUUGCACGCACGGGUGCUUCUGCUUUCAACGAAUUACGGACUGCUGUGUUUUCUAAAGUAGCAUUGCGAACAAUCCGAUCAGUGUCUAGGAAGGUCUUCUCUCAUUUGCAUGACCUUGAUCUUCGGUAUCAUCUUAGUCGAGAAACCGGCGCACUAAAUAGGAUAAUUGACCGUGGUAGCCGUGCAAUAAAUUUUAUUCUAUCGUCUAUGGUGUUCAAUGUUGUGCCCACGAUCUUAGAGAUAUCUAUGGUUUCAGGUAUACUGGCUUACAAAUUUGGAGCACCUUUUGCAUGGAUCACUUCACUGUCAGUUGCUGCAUAUGUGGCAUUUACAUUGACUGUCACACAGUGGAGGACUAAGUUUAGGAAGGCCAUGAAUAAGGCUGAUAAUGAUGCUAGUACAAGGGCAAUUGAUUCACUUAUUAAUUAUGAGACUGUAAAAUAUUUCAAUAACGAAGCUUAUGAAGCCAGUAAAUAUGAUGAGUACUUAAAGAGGUACGAAGAUGCUGCCUUAAAAACACAACGCAGUCUUGCUUUUCUGAACUUCGGCCAAAAUAUUAUAUUUAGCACGGCUCUAUCAACUGCUAUGGUGCUGUGUUCAAAUGGUAUUAUGAGUGGCAAUAUGACAGUUGGUGAUUUGGUCAUGGUGAAUGGGCUUCUAUUCCAGCUAUCACUUCCACUCAAUUUCCUUGGUAGUGUUUAUCGUGAGACUAUACAGAGUCUUGUCGACAUGAAAUCUCUGUUUCAGUUACUGGAGGAAAGGGCUGAAAUUGGUGACAAAGAUGAUGCAAAGCAUCUGAAGUUAAGUGGGGGGAGCAUUCAAUAUGACAACGUACAUUUCAGUUAUCUGACAGAAAGAAAGAUUCUUGAUGGGAUAUCAUUUGUUGUACCUGCUGGGAAGAGUGUGGCUAUUGUUGGAACCAGCGGAAGUGGCAAGUCAACCAUUCUCAGAUUGCUCUUCAGGUUUUUUGACACCCAUUCUGGAAGUAUAAAGAUAGAUGGUCAAGAUAUUCGGAAUCUGACACUUGAGAGUGUACGGAAGUCUAUUGGCGUUGUGCCCCAAGAUACAGUACUUUUCAAUGACACAAUAUUUCAUAACAUUCAUUAUGGUCGUCUUUCAGCAACAAAAGAAGAGGUGUAUGAUGCUGCUCGUCGUGCAGCAAUACAUGACACUAUCAUGAAAUUCCCUGACAGGUAUUCUACUGUUGUGGGGGAACGAGGGCUCAAGUUAAGUGGUGGUGAGAAACAGCGUGUGGCACUGGCUCGUGCAUUCUUGAAAGCACCUCCAAUUCUGUUAUGUGAUGAAGCUACAAGUGCACUAGAUAGCACCACGGAAGCGGAAAUAUUAAAUGCAUUGAAGUCCUUGGCAACUAAUCGAACUUCAAUUUUCAUUGCCCAUAGGCUAACCACUGCAAUGCAGUGCGAUGAGAUAAUUGUUCUGGAGAACGGGAAAGUGGUUGAGCAGGGGCCCCAUGAUGUUCUCUUGUCUAAGGCGGGGAGAUAUGCACAGCUCUGGGGACAGCAAAAUAACACAAUUGAUGCACUUGAUUCCAGCGUCAAAUUGGGGGCGUGAAUGUUGUUCCCAUUCCUCCAUCACUCUCUCCCUCCAGAAAUAAGAGUGGCUUAAGAAGUUGCUUUUCUGUCUGCCUUCCAGUUUUCUAUUAGCCACCUUGGAUAUUGAAUUAUAGGUAUAUCAAUGCACUUUGGAGUAAGCAAUGUUCUCAGGUGCGCUUGAAAGAUUGAUAAAUGGCGUGUGUUUUUCGCCAUAAGAUCCUU